GAGCUAAUUUUUUUUUUUUUUUUUUUUUUUUUAGUAAUAAUGAGAAUAAGGAAACGUUUUCCUCCUCCUCCAGAUCCCCAACUCAGUAAUUCAGUUGUGGUGCAACUAAACACCAACAACGAAUCUCUACCGUCUGAUCUUCCAAAUCUAAGCCUUUCACAGCCGUCUGAUCAACCGGCGACCGUCACCGGAAGCAAACCAACCAACAACAGGUGGGUUGUCUUUGGUGGUAACAACAACAAUAAUCCAGCAAAACUGGAACAAAAGGAUGUGGAAAGUGAAGGUGAAGGUGAAGAUGGGAAAUUAUGGAGAGAGAAUGGUAGUAGUAUUGAUAAUGAUAACAAGAAAAAAUUAAGCUUUUUGAGUACACCACAGCUAGGUUCUUUGCUUCCUCAUCCAUCAUCUUCUUCUGAUCAAGAUGGUAGAUGGUGUGAAGAAGUUCAUAAGGUAAUUCCAUUGAAAAAGAGAUCAAGAGACAGCUACCACCACAACAACAACACAAGCAAUAUUAACACGAUGAAAUCAAAGACAAACAAGAAAUGCCCGCAAGAAAAUGUUAACGGGGAGGAGCAAGAACACGAAGAACAUUAUCGAGGAAUUAUUAAUAUUAAUAGUGAUCAUAAAGUUGAUCAUCAUGUAAACAAGAAGAACAAAAGAGGAAGUGUUAUCCUAGAGGGAUCAAGGUGUAGUCGUGUUAAUGGAAGAGGAUGGAGAUGUUGUCAACAAACCCUUGUGGGAUAUUCAUUGUGUGAGCAUCAUUUGGGUAAAGGAAGACUUAGAAGCAUAAACAGCACAGUUCGAAACUCGAUGAAUAAUAAGAAGAAGAAAGGAGAAGGAAAAAAAGAGAAAUCUUUGCCAAAUGAUAAUGAAUAUUAUGGUGUUGUUGAUGAUGAAGAAAACAACAAGAAAAAGUCGCUAACGACGAAGAAGAAGAUGAAGAAGCUUGGAAUGGUGAAAGCUAGAUCUUUGAGUAGUCUACUCGGUCAAACGGACAAUGCAGUUGCAAUGAUGGUAGUUGAUAAUGAUGAUAAAAACGAGUAGCAAAUAUGAAGAUGUUAAUCAGGUAUUAUUUCAUGUACUUAGAUGUUGAAGCUAGCUAGCUCUCGUGUCAGAUUCUCUAAAAUAUUAUGCAAUUAUGUUAAGUGUUCAAUAUGAGUGCAUGUAAAGGUAUAUUAUUAUUGAAGAAUUCGAGUAACAUAGCUAGUUAUUAAUUUUUUGUAUGUUUUUUCUUCAAGAAGUACCCAAGGAAGUUUGCUCAUAUAUCUCUUUAAUUGCAUGAAUUUUUUGUCC